AUGGUUUCACCGGAAAACACGAAUUGGCUCUAUGACUACGGGUUCGAGGAUGUCGCUGUAGCCGAUGGCAGUUUCUGCGCUCCUAAUUCAGGGUUUGCUUGGCCCGUGCUGGCCUUGAACGCCACAUCGAAUGCCUCCAGUGUUGCAGUUGAUGGAUCAUUUGGAGAACCAGAUGUUUCCAAGGAAUCUGGGACAAAGAAGCGUUCUAGGACUGAAUCGUUUGCUGCACCAUCCAGUUCCAAAGCAUGCAGAGAGAAACUACGAAGGGACAGGCUAAAUGACAAGUUUAUAGAGUUGGGUGCUCUUCUUGAGGCAGGGAGACCUCCCAAGACAGAUAAAGCUGCUAUUUUGGUGGAUGCUGUUCGUAUGGUGACUCAACUAAGAGGUGAAGCUCAGAAGCUGAAAGACUCGAAUUCGAAUCUCCAGGAGAAGAUUAAGGAGCUGAAAGCUGAGAAGAAUGAGCUUCGUGAUGAGAAGCAAAGGUUAAAGGAGGAGAAGGAGAAUCUCGAGAAGCAGCUGAAGUCAAUGAAUGUCAUGCAGCCAGGCUUUUUGGCAGGCCCUCCACCCAUUCCACCCAUUCCAGCUGCAUUUGCCCCCCAAGGCCAAGCUGCCGGCAACAAACUGGUGCCAAUUAUCAGCUACCCAGGCGUCGCCAUGUGGCAGUUCAUGCCGCCAGCGGCUGUUGACACGUCUCAGGACCAUGUGCUGCGCCCACCGGUUGCCUAA